GCUCAUCACGUUGAAAUGGAACAACUUGGAGCUCUAAAUCCUUGGUCUAUGACCAGCGCUGUGGAGAGCGACGAACGCUGCCUUGAAGGUGCAAGUAACUGCGAGGGCAUUGCCCGCUACCUUGCGGCGCAUCUGAGUGAGCGCUCUUAUGUUCUUGGAGGGAAAAAAGCCGAAGAAUUUUUCCAAGGACUGGGUCGAGUUUGGGCUUCUUUGGCUACAUCGUUUGAUCCCAGUGCCAAGGAUACCAGCCGAUACGCGUCCGAGGAUUCGAGGAUACAGUUAGCAUUGGGUUUGGCAAAGAUGGAAAGGAACUUGGUUGCGGGGCUCCUUCCAUUCCAAAUCGAGGCAUUCAAACAUGAACCAGAGAUCAGGAGGUUCAUCUUUAACAUUACGACCUUUGUCCGCAUUGAGGACUGUAGAUUCUUCACUAUCCACUCUAUAGCUACGCAAUUGCUUUCCAACGUCCUUGCACCUGUGGACUCGAGUAAAGCUGCGACGAGACACGCGGAUGCCGCAUUGAGAAUAUAUGUGUCUGGCAACAGAGAAGACGACGUUAUAAUACGAUUAUUAGAUUCUCGAGAUCCAAAGACCAAUCAUGCCACGCUCCAUUUAUUAAACAAUCUCACCCGCAAUAGCUUACCUAGGCUCGAGCUGCUUUUGACACCAACAGGUAUGAGAUGGCUUGCGCAACUGCUCGGCAGGAUGGAUGAAUGGCUGGAUAAAGAACAUAAUUGCUUUGACCUGGCAACAUCAAUAUUCACAUCAAUCAUCUCCUUUUCACUCCAUCCACGCCUUUUCCAACUACUAUCCGAACCUCCAGAACCUAUAACACCCUCCCAAACGGUAUUCCUCAAAAUUCUCGAUUCAACUCUCUCCUCUCUCCCUACGUCUUCCCCCACUCCGCCUGUUGAAAACUAUCCCAACAGCUUCCUCCACCCACUAUUCAACAGCCUCAUACAAUCAUCUCUCCCUUCUCUGGCCCAGAAGUCGGACGAUCCAAGGUUACCAAAAUACCUCGAAGGUUUGGUACUUGUUUCUGAAGCUUUGGGGACUAUAGGGUUGAGGGUGCAAGAGAGGAUUGAUAAAGCUGCUGCACCGGCUGCAGACCGGGAAGAUGUGGAGCUGCAGAUGCAAGGCGGUGAGGAACAGCUGAUAAAGGCAACUAAAGAACCUCUGUCGGGCAUAGUGCGUCCUCUGAUAGAUAUGCUGAGGGCUCUCAACGACUUUUUCCCUCGCACCAACCCGCGCAACCCAUCCCCCCCCACGGCCACUACGACCAUCCAGCCAGAACUUAAACCAUUCUCCAACUUGAAACGUGACCUUGUUCGGCUACUGGGUGUGCUCACGUUCAAUGACACUCGAGUUGGGGACCAAGUCCGGGAAUAUGAGGGCGUGCAGCUGGUUUUGAGCCUGACUGAGAUUGAUGAGGGUAACCCCUUUUUGAGAGAACAUGCUCUCUUUUGUAUUAGGAAUCUUAUGCUCAACAACCCCGCUAAUCAAGCUAUAAUCAAAGAAAUGGACCCAGUCGGCGUUCUAUCGGAGACGGGAGAACUUUUACCUGUCCCGGACAAGAUGAAGAAGAAGAGCAUCGAGUCGACCAUCACAGAAGAAAAAUAGAUCAUAUAACGUCGAAACAUGCAUGGAGAUA